GCCGGCCGAGCGAUGCGCUCUGCAGAGCAGCUGAGCGAGCCUGUGCCGGGCCGCGGAGCGAGCGGAUUCCCCAGCAUGUCUUCACUAACAGAGAAGGACAGACCAGUUGUUCAGCUCUUGCUCAACACUGGCACUUGCCCACGAUGCAUUUUGAGGUUCUGCUGUGUGGGAUCACAGACCCUUUACAGACAUCCAGACAAGGAUUUGAUGAAGGAUUUACAAGACUUCCUGAAAAAGAAUCAAGAAAAAGAAGGCCCAGUUUGUUUGGAGGUGGUUGACCCACCUUGUAAGAGGAUCAGACUUGGAGACACCGAAGAAGGUCCCGAGGAUCUGAAGCACAACGGAGCCCUCCCGCAGAUCCCUUCGGAGAACGACGGGAAUGCUGCAGUGGAGAGCUCUGCUGGGAAGGUUUGCAACGUGUGUUUGGGAAUCCUUCAGGAGUUCUGCGAGGCUGACUUUGUUAAAAGGGUGUGCCAAAAAGUUAAUUCUGCUGACUACCAGUUCACUAGUUUUGUAUUUUCUGUGUCACUACCCCCCCAGCUCUCUGUUAGGGAGAAAGCUGCUUGGCUGGGGGUGAAGCAGGAGAUGAGGAAUCUGGGCCUUUCCUUGGAAAAGGAUGACAUUGUUCAGCUGAAGGAAGCUUAUAAGUGGAUUAUCCACCCCCAGCUGGCAGAAGAGUUGGGUGUUCCUGCUGAUGGAAAGAGUUUGUUUGAAGUCAGCGUGGUCUUUGCUCACCCAGAGACAGACGAGGAGUGCCGUUUCCUAGCCACAACCUGUCCAGACUGUUUCAAACCAGCAAAGAACAAACAGUCUGUUUUCACCAGAAUGGCAGUUAUAAAAGCCCUAGAGAAGAUAAAAGAAGAGGAUUUUCUCAAGCAUUUUCCAUGUCCCCCAAGUUCACCAAAGAACCUGUGUGAUGCUCUGGAAAUUCAGUGCAAUAACGGUGCAGUUUUUGUGGCUGGAAGGUACAACAAAUAUUCCAGGAAUUUACCUCAGACCCCCUGGAUUAUUGAUGGGGAGAGGAAGCUGGAAUCUUCAGUGGAAGAACUAAUUUCAGAGCACCUCAUGGCCGAAUUCAAAGCAGACAGCUUUAAUUUUUCUUCCUCUGGAAGAGAAGAUGUGGAUGUGAGGACACUAGGAAAUGGAAGGCCCUUUGCGAUCGAGCUGGUGAAUCCUCGCAGGAUCCACUUCACCGCUGAGGAAAUGAAGAGGCUGCAGCAGGCAAUUAAUAACUCUUCAGACAAAAUCCAGGUUCGAGACCUGCAGCUCGUCACCAGAGAGGCAAUUGGUCGUAUGAAGGAAGGUGAGGAGGAGAAGACAAAGACCUACAGUGCCUUAAUAUGGACGGACAAAGCAAUCCAGAGGGAAGACAUCGCGCUCCUGGAUGAUAUAAAGGAAUUAAAGCUGGACCAGAAGACCCCUCUCCGUGUUCUGCACCGGCGGCCUCUGGCCGUGCGCUGCCGGAUCAUCCACACCAUGAGCUCCGAGUACAUCGACGAGCACCAUUUCCGCCUGCACCUCAAGACCCAGGCAGGGACCUACAUUAAAGAAUUUGUGCAUGGAGACUUUGGAAGAACAAAGCCCAAUAUUGGGUCCCUCCUGAACAGAACUGCUGACAUUCUGGAGCUGGAUGUGGAAUCUGUUGACGUCGACUGGCCUCCAACCCUGGAUAACUGACUUCCCAAGGGAUGAGGAAGCAGCAGCUCAUGACCAAACACUGUGCAGUGUUUCAGCCUGGGUGCAAAGGGUUUCCAUGGAACACUUGGAUCAUGUUGAUCUGCCAAAGGAUACCCUGACUUUGAAUCUACUUUGAACACUCUGGACCAGGUAGCGUUGGUUCAGUCUCUGGCCUUACUUUAAUUUCUUCCGUGCAUAAAAAGGUUUUGGGAAGCCAGUGCAUUCCUGAUAAAUUAUAGUUAAAGAUAACCCUCCCUCAAGUCAGAUUUCUUUUGAAACUCUUUUUAUAUUGGAUGCUACAGCUCUCCUUAUCUGGAUGCAGGUAGCACCGGGUUACCUGAAAUCCCAACUCUUUCUGAGCACUGUUCCUGCAGGAAAUCCCAAAAGCCAGGGAGACUGAAGCCAGCAGGCUAGUGCUGGAGCAAGUCUCCCUGCUGGCUGCUUUUUGGUCAGGGUUAGAGAUGGGCAAAUUUAUCUCACAAAGGGCAAAAACAUUUUUCAGAGGAAACCUUUGCACUUAAAACCAAGUUUUUCUAAUUUAAAAACAUGGGCGACACUUCCUAGAAACAACAGCUGGGGCCUCGUGAGCCCUCCAGCCUGGCCACAGUCCUCUCCAGGAGCAGGAAUUCCCCAGUGAGUCACCAUAUAUAAAAAGAUUGGGAACUCCUGGCAGUGGUGCAUGAUGGGGAUCUAAAGAAAAACAGGAAUACCAAAGAACCUCAAAGUGCAGGCAGACACAAAACCUACCUGAGGAUGUUGGAAUCCAGAGACAGGGAUUAAAAAGCUUUGAUUCAGCAGCAUAAUACAAUUUUUCUGACACCCUCACCUUGGAUGGAUGCCUGGAAGACUUGAACUUGCCUGGGAUAGGGAAGAUCUGAGGUUUGUAAUUUGCUUAUUUUAAAUGUUUCCUACUAAGCACCACCUACAUCUUCAGGAAGAGUCACUUUUAUACCUGCAUCAUGUUAAUCCAUUGGGGAAGAUGCUUCCCUGAAGUACAGAAGAGAGUUAAACUAUCAGCAAGAAAUUAAGGUUUGGAAUUUAAGGGCUCUUCAUUAAUUAACAUUUUGGAAAUAAAGAGCAUAAUAUUUGCCAAGACCAACCACUGUUUGGGGACAGGGAGGAUGGCUGGGAUGUCUUCCCUUUAAUUCAGUGGUGCCAGGACCUCAGACCAGAACAGCUGCAUGAGAGCUUGAGCUGGAGGCUCUAAAACUAUUCAUAAAUACAUUUUUAAGGAGUUCCUAAAAAAUUCAUCUUGAAAAAUUCCACACUGCCUGUGCUGUGCUUUCCUAGCCCUCUGCAACACAAGUAAUUCAGAAGCUCCUGGUUUUCUAACACAAAAAUAAUAGGAGCAUGAUUCAGGCAGCAAUAUUAUUUUUGGUUUUAAUCUUACAGCCAAUAUAAGCAACAGAUUCCAGGAGUAGUUCUCAGAUAAUAACCUGUAGCCAGACAGGAAGUGUCAUGAAUGAUGGAAAACUAAAGAAACUGAAUUCAGAAAACAAACAAAAAGAGAAUUUCAGUCUCACAACUGUGAUUUCUUGAAACUCAGAGUGAGCUGAAAUAUGAUUUAUAAAUUCCAUAAACUACAGGGAACAAAAAAUGUAAACAAGGCUGUGCAUUUUGGCACAACAGGCAUGAGAAGAGCUGUUCCAAGGGGGAAUGGAGCCAAAGGGGGAAGGAGAAAGGGCUGCUCCUGCUCUAGGUCAAGGACACACAAGGCACUUCCCUCUGCAGCUCCUGCUGCACUUGGGGGUCACGUCCCAAAUCCCAGUGCAGAUAAACCAGGCUAUAAACAUUGCCCUCAGUGUGCUGAGGACACAGAGAGGUCCUCCAAAAAUUCCCAAUCAUGAUAAAUGUCAGGCCUCCAAAUGAUGAUGCAAAUCCCUGCAGCUCUUGGGGCAGUUCCUGGGCAGGGAUCAUGGGCAAAUAUGAAACCCUGGGAUGCAACCUGGGGGUUUGGACUUUGCUCCAAGGCCAGUUUCCAACAGCAGGUGACAACCCUUUGAACUGUCACGUGAGGAAUAUUGCAGCAAUAAUAAUAUUCAUGGUGGACUUUGGCCUUCACCUUAUUUUUACCAGUAAAACACCACCUUGUGAGCACUCAAACUGAUGCUUUGAGAGCAAGAUUUAAUCCUGUGUUUCUCCAACUGGCCACCUCCAAUCCCCCUUCCAUUUGGGUUUUGCCUGGAGAAAGCUGUACCAGCAGCACAAAUGUGCCCAAAGCAUCUGUCCCCUCCUCCCCUCUGCCUAAAAGCUCAAUGGCUCUGCCACAAAACCUUCCAUUGCUUGAGGUUUUGUAGUGGCCACCAGUAACUGGGAGCAGAAAAUACCCAAAAAAAGCUCCAGAACAAGCAAGUGAUAACCUGCCUUGUUCCCUUUUCCCUGCCUUUCCCGUGGUGAGGGAUGUCACAAAGCUGAGGAGGUUGCAGAAGCUGAGCACUUGGUAUAACCAGUUUUUUUUAAUUACCAAACCAACUCGUUUACAAAGGAAAACAGAACUUUGAAAAUAUUUAAUUAUACAGUAAAAACAAAUUGUACUAUAAAGAGCUUUCUAUGAAGUGAGUAAAAUGUUUACAUUUAAUAUACUUAAAACUGAGAACUUCAAAAAAAAAAAAAAAGAACUGAAUAAACAACACAUUU